AUGGUUGUGGGCGUCGUUGAAGGCAUGAGUCAUAUCGUAUAUACACUUACAUCCGUUGGAAGCACACCCGAAGGUUACAAUCAACAAAGACCAAAAACAAAACAAAAUAUGAAGCGUGUCGCAACAGUGACAGGCAACCAUAAUCGCUUCAAUACGAUUUCUUAUCUUCAAACUUUAUAUCCCGGUGUUGAUAACAAUCCAAAUGAAGCACCACUUGCAUCGUUUUUUCUUGAAAAAACUGUUCAAAUCUUGCACGAUGAAAGAAACCGAUUUGGCAAUCAGAAAGUGCUUGAGUUUGGCGGCGGACCAAAUCUAUCGUCGUCGUUGCUUCUGGCUCAAUAUGUCGAUUCGAUCCGAUUUUGUGAUUCUGCUCAAUCCAAUCUUACCUAUGUCAGUGAUUGGAUUGAACAGAAAUCAACUGUUUUUGAUUGGACAAAUUAUUUCGAAAGUAUUCUUACUAUUGCCGGGACUUCGAAGGAAAAACGUAUCGAAUGGGAAUCGCGUCUUCGGGAUGCUCUUAUUCGAGGAGGCUUAUCGAUAUGUGAUGUUAAUGAUCCCGACUGCCCAAUAUUAAGCGGAAAAAGCGACGACCAUGACAUUAUUUUUAGUAGUUUUUGCUUGGAAGCUGCCUGUUUAACUAUUGAAAUUUUCAAUGAAACCAUUGGAAAACUUGUUCGGUUACUAAAACCAGGUGGUCUUCUUCUACUUGUUAUGGUUCGAAAUGAAUCAUUUUAUUAUGUUGAUGCAGAAAAUUUCUUUUGCUUGUCGCUGGAUGAAACAAAAGUUCGGAAAGCUUUGCAGGCGACGGGUGAACUUGUGGAUAUUCAUAUUGACAGUGCGGACACUACAGUCGAAGAUCAGAAACGCAAUACAAUGUCGGAUUUCGAUGGAGAAAUGAUAAUACAUGCAUUCAAAACUAUUAAGUAA